AUGAUUAAAACAAGAAAAUCAAUGAGGACAAUGGAAUAAUAAACAAAUGAGUUUAAUGAAUUUUUCAUCGAUUUACAACCUAAAAAAUAUAGCUCACAGAGAUAAAAUAGAAAGUCUCAAAAAUCUUAAAAUAUACAUUUCCCUAAAAUUGAUUAUUCCCUCAGCAAAGAUCCCUUUCUGAAUACUUUAAAAGUUACAACAUUAGACCUUGUACAAAAUUUUGAUUAUAUGGAUCCUAAUGAUGUUACUUUUCAACUCAAUUAGAUGGUUUAAUAAAAGUGCUUCAUUCAAUAAACAAAACCUUGCUAUCGAAUACAUUAAAGAUCAUUGCCUAAACAGAGAAAUACUAAUAAAUAACUAUUUGAUCUUUCUAAAACAACUAGAGUUAAUUGA